AUGACUGCUUCGUUCUUCCAGGCUUCUUCCAGAAAAUUGAAACCAUCUCCCACUGAUAACAUAGAGAAUAUCCCAUGGGUAGAAAAAUAUCGUCCAAAGAAUCUAAAUGACAUAGCUUCACAAGACCAUGCCAUAAAAGUCCUUAAAAAGUCUCUAUUAUCUGCAAAUUUGCCCCAUAUGUUGUUCUAUGGUCCUCCUGGAACUGGUAAAACUUCAACUAUUUUAGCGCUAGCAAAGGAAUUAUAUGGUCCAAACUUGAUUAAAUCAAGAGUACUAGAAUUAAAUGCCUCUGAUGAAAGAGGUAUCUCAAUUGUACGUAACAAAGUCAAAACUUUCUCAAGAUUAAUGGUAUCAAAUCCUACUGCUGACGAUUUAAAAAACUACCCUUGCCCUCCUUAUAAAAUCAUAAUAUUAGAUGAAGCCGAUUCAAUGACAAGCGAUGCCCAAAGUGCUUUGAGAAGAACAAUGGAAACUUAUUCAAAUGUUACAAGAUUUUGCUUGAUUUGCAAUUAUAUUACAAGAAUUAUUGAUCCAUUGGCUUCAAGAUGUUCAAAAUUUAGAUUCAAGUCUUUGGAUAAUGCAAACGCAAUUACUAGAUUAACCUAUAUUGUUGAAAAUGAAAAGAUAUUAUUAAAGGACAAUCAAGCUGUUUUAAAUGAAAUUUUAUCAAUCUCAAAUGGUGAUUUAAGAAAAGCAAUUACUUUUUUACAAUCUGCGACAAAAUUACAUUCUCAAUUUAGCAAGAUUCAAAAAAAAAACAAUAUCUCUAUUUCUAAUAUAGAUCUGGAUGGCGAUGUUGAAUUGAUUGAAAUAGAUAAAGUGGAAAAUAAUAGUAGUAGCUAUGAUAAGGAAAAUGACAUUGACGAUGAUGGUGAUGAUGAUUUAAAUUCCCCGGAAAUAACUCUAAAAAGUGUGAGGGAAAUCGCAGGAAUCAUUCCAGAUAAAUUAUUAAAAAACUUGAUUGCGACUGCUGAAACCAAAGAAUUUCACCAAAUAUUUGGGGCUGUGAACAAUUUGAUAUCCGAUGGUUGGAGUGGUUCUCAAAUUGUUGAUCAAUUACACUCAAUGUUGAUUUUGGAUGAUUUAUUAACCUCUUUUCAGAAAAACCAGUUGGCUUUAAUACUAUUAGAUGCCGAUAAAAAAUUGACUAAUGGAGGUGAUGAACAAUUGCAAUUACUCAAUUUGGUUUGCAAAAUGUCCCAGAUUUUAUAA